CAGUACUCGUAACAGUUCUAAGCGUGACGCACGUUCCUACUGAACGGUUCAAGUUAGUGCCGAGAACUUAACUGGCAACAAAUAGUGCACAGUAGGACAAACAAUACAAUGGCAAGCUACAUCAAAUACCUACUGAUAAUGCAGCUGAUGUUUGCCGCAGCGACCCUGGUGGUCAGCGAAGGAGCGCUGCCGCAGCCUCGGGCGCCCAACUUCCAGUACUUCGAAAGACCAAACUACCGCUAUCCGUACUACGACGAGAACGGCAAAGGCAAGUUGCUGUACGGAUACGGCGGACCCGAGCUCUUCCAAUACAAGUCCUACUCGCCUCUUGAGGGAAUCCACUAGGGGUUGAUAAAACAAUUAGCAAGUAACAGUUGUUAAUUUUGGGUAGGUAGAUUAUGCAAUUGCGUACCUAAUUUAUGUUUUCUUAUAACCCCAACUUUGUUUACGUUGGUGUAAUAAUCUAAGGGUGUAAUAUGAAAACGUUAAUUUUGAGCGCCUUUGUUUUAAAAAGUUGAUCACACCA